AAAAUUUUAUGGUAUUGUAAGAUCAUCUUGAAAAGGUUUAUUUUUAUGAUUUGCAGGUUGAGAUGUACACUGGAGAUGUGGAUGAUGAUGAAAUUAUGGCUGUAGAAGGACAAGAUGGUAACCAGUAUGUUGUUUUAGAAGUUAUCCAGUUACAGGACGGGGAAGGUCAUGUGAUGAUGUCAGAUGGAAUGCAUGUUACAGACGCCUCUCUUGAUGGCAGUGAAGUGGAUGGAGUAUUAGGCACAUCCUCGCUUAUGGUGCCAGAGACGAUAACAGGUGACACCAUAGUUACAGAUCCUUCUCUUUUAGAGCUUCAGCACCACAAAAAGGUUUUGAAAACCGAAGUGAGUGCAGAAGCCAAAAAAGAAGCUCAAAAGGAGAUGGAAACUUGCUUUGGUUUUGAUGACGAAGAUGAAGGACAAAUUCAUCUAGAAUUUGGAGAAUAGAUAUUUUGGAUAAAUGCUUAGGACUCAGAAAUUAUAAAUGUUCUAGCUAGAUUUUUAUUAACCUAAUUUUUAAUUUUAUGACUGUGCUGUGAUUUUGUUCUGUAACCUCUUUCUACUCUGUGGAUGUGGUUGAUGAAAAAGAAUACAAGGGAGAAGAGUCGACACGUCAAGUAUACCUGAAUAUGAUGAAUGGCAUAUAUUCUUGUAAAAACAUUUUUAACAUGAUGCAGUUGUUAAUUUUGCUGUGGAAGUAUAUCAGCACUUAGUAAAUUAAUUGUUAUACAUUUGUCUUGCACUCUGUGGUUUGAUGCUCAGAAACAUUUUCGUAGUGUGAUGUCAGGAGUGAGAUCAGAAUAACUUUUAUUACCAAAGUUUAAUAAUAAAUUAAUAAUGAAUAAAUGAAUUGUCAAUAUUUAAAUGGUAC